AUGUAGAAUGUAAUUUAAAGGAGAUGUUGCUAACAUGAUCAAGAUAUUUUAGCUGUUAAUAUUGGAUAAGACAAUAAAGAUGGGAAUAAAUAUUUUUGUCCAUAAUGUUUAAUCAAACUUAUCAACUCUAAAGAAUUGAUACUAAUGAGCUAAGCUAAGAUAGAAAUUCAGACCAUAAAAAAUUAGAUUUCAUAAAAUAUUGAAGAAUAAUGUAAACAAAAAUUAAGUUUAAUGAACAAUCUAUAAAAUAAUAUAAUUGAAUUACAAUGCCCAUUAAACUAAUUUUUUACUUAAAUUAAUGAAGAAAUUGAUUAAUUAAAAAAUCAAACUUAAAGUCUAUAUUAACAAAGCCAGAUUAUAGCUUCCGAAACUGAAAAUUUAGAUUAAGAUUUAAAAUUAUUAAUUGAUGAAAAGAGUGAUUUAUUAACGUCACAAGAAUAUGAUUAAUAGUUAAAAAAAUAAGUGCUAUUUUAACUUAAAUUGACUGAUUAAUCAAGAAAAUUACAAGACAUUAUUUCAGAAUUUGACAAAAUAUCACAAUUAAUAAGUAAUGAAUGUUUCAAUAUUUAAAAGAACCCUUAAUCCUAAGUAAUUUUUAUAUUAAUUUAGGAUACAAAAGCAAAAGAGUAUUUAUGUAAAAGUCAUUAAGAAGAUAUAGAAUUGCUUUUAAUUGAUGAAAAAAAUAAAGUUUAAAAAUUUGCAUGUAUUUAAUGUGUAUCAGAAAAAUAAGGAAGAUACUUAACACUUGAGUAAUUGGAGUAGUCUUUUAGUGAUUACUAAUAAUAAUCAGAAAAGUCAUUAAGACAUUUUUAAUAAUUAAAGAAUCAAUAAAUAAGUAACAGCAUUAGCAUGUUAAGGCAAGCUAAAGAAAACUAUACAUAAAACAUAAAUCAAUAUAUUAAAUAAUUAGAGGAAAGUUCAAAGUCUUUUGAAAAUAUCAUUCAUUCAACUUUAUAAUUUAAGGAUCAAAAUAUAUUUAAAUUAGAAUAAGACCAAUUAUUACAAAUAUUAGAACCAGUAUAUUUGAAUCAAAGUCCAAAUCAUUAUUUUUAAAUAAUAAAUAAUUCAUUAGAAUAGGAUAGCCAGUUGUAUAUCAAUUUUGAAUAUAGUAUGAAAGAGUUGAUUACACUUCAAUUUCAAAAUUCAAACCAAAUCUUUCUAGAAUAAUUAAGGCAAAGGUUUUUAUUGAAGUCACUUGUAAAUAAGAUUAAAGAAUAAAAUGAAAAUAAUAAAUUUGAUUAUCUUAUAUCAGGUGAUAGUUGUAAUCAAGCUAACUUUAUUUUUGAAAAUUAAAUAAAUAAUUUUCUGUUUAAUAAAAUGCAAAUGUGCAUACAGUAUGAAUAAUUUGUAAAAAAUUUUGAAAAUCGUAAUAAGCUAUCAUUUGAAUAAGUUCAAUUGAAUUAAAAUUUAACAGAAGAAUAAAAUAAAUUAAAAUAAUAAUAUAAUAAUUGUGAAUAAGGGAAUGAAAUGUAUAAAAUGAAUUUAGAAAAGAAAAUUAUCUACUUAGAAAGUUUAAAGACUAAAAUUAAUUCAAUUAAUUUUUGCAAUCAAAUAUAAAAUGAAAUAUAAAUUUAAACAGAUGAAACAAUAUAAAGCAUGGAACGAAAAAUAAAAUAGGUUUUCUAUUAAUUUUAUUUUUAGUAUGAGGGAAAGAUUUUUCAAUUGGAAAAGGAAAAAGAUAAUUUAAACCAUCCAAUAAAUAUUAAAUGUAAUUAAUUUAUACUUACUAAAAAAAUUAGAAUAAGCUUCUAUCUAACCUCAAUUAUUGGCAGUUAAGUAAACAAAUCGUAUUCAAAAAGGUUGA